GCCUUUUAAGCACUCUUUUCCCCUUCUGAUUACCCUUUCUUUCUCCCUUCCCAACUAUCUCCUUAUCUCCCUUCAUCUAUAAACCCAAACACUAACAGUGGCAUGCUAGCUAGCUUGAAUGUCCAGAGAAAGGGAGAGAUUUGAUGAGACAGGAAAGAAGAUCAAGAGAGAUAUUGAUGCAUCUUCUCAAAUGGGAAGGAGACAUUUGUUGAGUCCUCCAGUUGGAACCUUGAACACCAUCACACCUUGUGCUGCAUGUAAGCUCUUGAGGAGAAGAUGUGCCGAAGAAUGCCCUUUCUCUCCUUAUUUCUCACCACAUGAACCCCUCAAAUUCGCCGCUGUCCACAAAGUCUUUGGUGCUAGCAAUGUCUCCAAGAUGCUCAUGGAGGUACCGGUGAGCCAAAGAGCCGACGCAGUGAAUAGUUUGGUUUAUGAAGCAAAUGUGAGGCUUAGGGAUCCAGUAUAUGGAUGCAUGGGUGCAAUUUCAGCUUUGCAACAACAGGUUCAAUCAUUACAAGCUGAGCUUAAUGCAGUAAAGUCUGAGAUAAUGAAGUACAAAUAUAGAGAGGCUGCUGCUAAUUAUAUCAUUGCUUCUACUCAUGAAGAUGCACUUGUCUCUUCUGAAGCCAUAUCGGUUGCUUCCCUGCCACACGCGGCUUCUUCUCAACAUUCUCCUCCUCCACCACCACCACCACCAGGUCCACAACAACCUCCACCUUCUAUUGUUGUUUCUUCUUCCUCAUCUUCGUUGUAUACACCGCCUUCUACUACAUCAGGCUAUGACUCCAAUAUUCCAAGUCAUGAUAACAUUUCAUACUUAAUUUGAUUAAUUAGUAUAUUAACUCACUUGAACAUUUCUCUUCAAAUCGUGUUUGAUGUUGUAGAAAGAUUUUUUUUGAUCAAUUUAGUUUGUGUUUGAUUUAAAUCUUAGUAUGAAACUCGAUCCAUUUGAUGGCUGAGAAAUCAUUAGAGAAGAAAAAAGAACCUCACUAAUUAUUUUCCUCUUUUUUUCUUAUGAAGGCCUUUAAUUAAUUAACCAAAAAGAGAAGUACAAUUUAAGCCUAGGCCACACAUUAAAUAAAAGAAUUCUCUUUUUCAAUUGUUUCAUUAGACUUCUGAUCAAAAAAAUUCAA